UAAGAUUUACAAGGCACCACCGGACAAAGUCGGUGGCUCUCCUCGCACCCCCUGCCGUAAUCUGGAGAGGCACGGAGGCUCUAUCGGGGCCGUAAAUAAGGUGGCCGUGUCCGAUAAGGUCGCUAUAAAACCUCUCCUCAAGUGGCCGAGUGGCUCAGUCGAAUUCGAGACAUUAUAGCCAUCAUGCGAUACUUUGCCGUUUGCGCCCUCCUCAUCCUGCCGCUCGUCAGCGGAGGACUCGUGCCCCACCGCCCCGUUAGGCACAUUGCGAUGUACGAGAUCCACCCCAACCACCACAAUCCCCAGAUGGAAGUCAUUGCCCAGAAUAUGCAGGCCAUGUUCCAGAACAUGAUUCCCGACAUUUCGGCCGCCAUUGAUGCCAUGGAUAUUCCGGACAUGUCCGUCCAGGCUGAUGCCGGAGUUCUGCCCGACAUGUCCGUUGCCACCGACGCCGACGAUACCCCCAGGAGGCGCCCUGCCCACUUCAAGGUCGCCCCUUUGACUAGGGUGGCCGCUCCCUGGGUCUCCAAGAUCCCCGACAUGUCUGUCCAGGCCGAUGCCGAUCUUAUCCCAGACAUCUCCGUUGCCAGCGAUGCCGAUGUGACCCCCAAGCGUGCCAGUUUCGCCCUGAAGAAGCCCCUUCUGUCGAAGGUCUCCGGAUCCAUUCCCACUGUCGAUGCUGAUCUGAUCCCUGACAUCUCUGUUGCCUCUGAUGCCGAUGAGACUCACAAGGAGGAGGUUCUUCCCGGUCUGAAGGCUCUGCCCAAGAUUGCCAAGGUUUCUGGUGCAGUUCCUGUCGAUGCCGAUCUGAUCCCUGACAUCUCCGUGGCCUCUGACGCCGAUGAGACCCCCAAGAAGGUGGUUGCUCCCGGUCUGAAGACCCUGCCUGUGCUGUCCAAGGUCUCUGGAAUGGUUCCUGUCGAUGCCGAUCUGAUCCCUGACAUCUCCGUGGCCUCUGAUGCCGAUGAAACCCCCAAGGAGGUGGUUGCUCCCGGUUUGAAGGCCCUGCCCCAGCUCGUCCAGGUUUCCGAGCCCAGGAAGCUGAUCCAGAAGCACUUGCCCGACAUCUCCGUGAAGAGCGAUGCCGACUUCGACCCGAAGCAGACCCUGGCCGCUAUCUUGGCCAAGCUGCAUUAACUGACUUCGGGUUCCACCAGCAGUCCCGUGGCUGAUUAAAUCGAUAAUCAUUCAUAUCUAACCGGUUGUGUGCUUUUGUAUUCUUAAGUUUUUAUAUGAUUGCUAUUAAUCACUUUUCGAGGAGAACGAUGCGCA